AUAGCACUAUUUUAAUACUAUUUAUUAAUAGUACUUUCUUUAUCUUCACUCUUUCUAAUUUCCUAAGUUUUACCAAAAUAAGGCAUAUCAAGAUGUUUGCCUUUUUCUUUGUGGAGGUAGAACUUGACAGAGAAAGAGAAAGAGAAAGAGGAAGAGAAUAAGAGAAUUUUAUGAGCAGGAAAUGUUGAGUUUUGCGGUGUGGAAAUAAAGAGAUUGAAACAUCAAAAGUCUUAUCUUGUAUCUUUGUUCCUUAUUCAAUUCUGGGUAUUGGGUUGUCAUUAUACUCAUGCUUUUGUGAAAAUAUUACUGUUCUCUGCCCUAGAUCUUUAUGGCUUUUGUUGCUAUUUUGAUACCAUCCUGCAGUGUUUUUGGUUUAUAAAUUUUCUUGGGUUUUAUUCCAAAUCUUCAAUCCCUUUCUUUGCUAAGCUCACUUUCAACUUUUCCUGAUUUUCUUACUAUUUUUGGAGAUGGUGAGAGGUAAAGUUCAGCUGAAGCGAAUUGAGAAUGCAAGCAGCAGGCAAGUGACGUUCUCGAAGCGUCGAAAUGGGCUGCUGAAGAAGGCCUAUGAGCUAUCUGUGCUUUGUGAUGCUGAAAUUGGUUUGAUCAUCUUCUCCCAGAAAGGAAAGCUCUACGAGUAUUGCAGCUCCAACAUGCAAAAUUUGGUAGAGCGAUUCCGUGAAUAUGCGAAAAAGGAGCAAAUCAUCAGUGCCGAAAUUCAACAAUACAUGCAGCAAUUGAAGGAUGAAAGAACAAGCAUGGAAAAGACGAUAGAGCAACUUGAAGUUUCUCAAUGGAGACUUUUGGGGCGAGGUUUGGAUUCCUGUUCAGUUGAGGAGCUCCACGAAAUCGAAAGCCAUUUGCAACAAAGCUUAAGAAAGAUCAGAGCAAGAAAGGCUCAAGUUUUCAAUGAGGAAAUUGAACAACUAAAAGUGAAGGAGAAAUUCUUGUUGGAAGAAAAUUCCAAGUUACGGGAAAAGUGUGCAUCGAAGCCACCAGCAAGACCGAAGGAAAUGAUGACAACACACAACCAGUGUAGUCAACGCGAGGUGGAGACAGGUUUAUUCAUUGGCCUACCUGAAAUGCAUUGUCCCUAGAAGAUUGAGUUGUGAAUGAGUUGGCAUGAGCUGCAUAUUUCUCUCAUCUGUAAGUCUUCUAAUUUUCCACAUGAAAUAAUGGCAGUUGUCAAUUGUUUCAUAUAUAUGUUCAUGUAAUAAACCAAUGCAACAAUAAAAAUCUAGAAUGGACUUUGUGUUA